UAUGUUCAGGGAUGGGCUGCAGGAGGCGGCGGUGGUGGAGCCUGGAUGCCUACAGGUCAAGACUACGGCGGCGGCGGCGGCGGCUACGAUGCCAACGGUCAAUGGCAAAGCAGAUCCAUCUUAGAAUAUGCCAAAGACAUCCACAACGAGGAAACACCGAUAAUUUCAUACGCCAAACCUAUAAUUAGAUACAAUAACGCUGUAAAACCAUUAUCACUAACCAACAACAAUCAAAUCACAAAACUUAACUACGAAAGCAAACCGAAAUCGCGAAAGAAACGAGGAAUUAUAGAUCUACUGCAAAACGCAUAUCUAUAUUGGACUAAUAAAGUAUUAGGUAUUGGAACCAAAAGACCUAACUAUCCGAAAUAUAAAGUUGUUAACGGAAUCAAAUAUGUUUACUAUCCAAUACGGAAUGUAAAAGUAAAAUCACCGAAAGAGCUCCAACCUAAUAUGGUUAAAGAGAAUGAGGUUAAAGCGGUGAUUGUUGAUGAUUUUAAUAAAGGAGAAAUCGUGGAGGGACCCGUGCAGAGUAGGAUGAUCAGAAAGAAGAUUCGUAAGGUUAAAGAUAACAUGAAUGAAACAGUUGAUGUGGUUGAGGAUAACCCAUGGCAGUGACUAUAUUAUUUAGUGAAGUUUUAUGUGUUGGAAAAUAUAAUUGAACCUGACUUUAAAUCGUUUAUUUUUCU